CUCUUGCUGUUAGUUUCGAACUCCGACCAAUUGUGCUUUUCAACAACCAAGACUCCUUCACACAUAAAGCUCUUUACCACUCAGCGCUAGAACUCGACAUGGCCGAAUAUGAUUAUCUCUUCAAGGUUGUUCUAAUUGGUGACUCUGGAGUCGGCAAAUCAAAUCUUCUCUCGCGAUUCACUCGUAAUGAGUUCAACCUGGAGUCGAAAUCAACUAUCGGUGUCGAGUUCGCAACCCGUUCGAUCACUGUUGACGGUAAGACGGUGAAGGCACAGAUAUGGGAUACUGCAGGCCAAGAGCGUUACCGCGCGAUCACCUCUGCGUAUUACCGUGGUGCCGUUGGUGCUCUGUUAGUGUAUGAUAUUGCUAAACAUGCAACGUACGUCAACGUAACGCGGUGGUUGAAGGAGCUACGGGAUCACGCCGACUCGAACAUCGUUAUCAUGCUCGUUGGAAACAAGAGCGACUUGAAACACUUAAGGGCAGUUCCCACUGAGGAGGCGAAGUCUUUCGCAGCGGAGAAUGAGCUUUCGUUCAUCGAGACUUCGGCGCUGGACGCAUCAAAUGUCGAGUCAGCUUUCCAAACCAUCCUAACAGACAUUUACCGCAUUGUCUCGAGCAAGUCGCUUGAACAGUCUGCUGACCCCAUCAAGGGACCUACUAGUGAUACUAUUCCCGUAGCGAUUGACUCUUCCACACCUGCAACAGGUAGCAAAUGUUGUUAGAUGACGUGGAUAGAGUUGCUGUUACUUUUCGUAACUGUAGCCUUUGCUGUAGCAAUCUGGCAGGUGUGUCUGUAGUUCAGCGUGUAUAGUUACAUUUUUCUUUCUCUUAAUAGGACUCUGCUUUGUGUGCCCCGGAGACUGUCGUGGUGAAGCAAG